GUUUUGCUUUGUUUCUUUCUAUAAUGUCCGGAGAAAGCGCCAGACGGAAGAUUUUGCCCGCCCAAAUCAAACUCUCACCCCCCAAAAACCCUAGAUUUCAAAAUUGAACCUGCCAUUCAAAAACCACUCUUUCUCUCUCUCUCUCUCUCUGACAGUUCGGGCUCUGAUCUGUUCAUUGAACACCCAGAAUCGAUACUGCUUAGCGACAAUCCUCGAAGAUCUGAUCUCUAAGAAUGGCCGACUCCGAAUCAACCCCAUCUCUCCAUGUUUCUGCUCCCCUCUCAUCCAGGAAGGAGAACGUUGCUCCCAUGAGCUCGAAAAUCACGGAGUUGAAUGAGUCGAGGUCGGAGCUUCUUACUCGAAUCCAAAGCCUGAAGCAGGAUUUGCAAAGUUGGAGGUCGAAGUUGGAUACCCAAGUCAAGAUCUACAAAGAUGAACUUUCAGAACUUAAGAAAUCACUUAACGUUGAGGUGGAACAACUCAGAUCGGAAUUUCAGGAACUCAGGACUACUCUUCAGCAGCAACAGGAGGAUGUCACCGCUAGUUUAAGGAAUCUUGGGUUGCAGGAUGUUUCAGAAGAUACCAAGGACAGUGUGAUCCAAAGUCCAAUUGUCAAAGAAAGAGAGGAUGGUGCGGAUGCUGGGCAUGUUCCAACAGUAGUCAUAAAAAAGGAAGAUCCCGAAUACUGAAUAGUCUUCAUGUUGAGGUCCAUCUCUUGGGAAGAAGAGAAUAUUACUUUCUUUGUAUGACAAAUAAAUCAGUCACGUCCACUGUUAUGUCCGAAAUUUGUUGCAGUGUACAAUCAACUUAUGGCGUAACGCCGCAUUUGAAUCAAUUAAAGUAAGAGUCGCUCUCUUAAUUCAUAAAACGAAUGUCUCUUGUGAAUUUUCCUAUACAAUUGAUUUUGUAAGAUUCUCUUUUCAA